UUCUGUACACACACACAGACAGUAAAACACGCAGCUGGCAGUUAAAAGACAACGCCAUGACGUUUUGACCAGCAAUCUUACCCCACAUUCACAAACACACCAUGAACCAUCUCCGUUGACAAACGCACGUUGUUCUGACCCGCGAUGGCGAGCGCGCUGCAGAUGAAACACUCCAGUCUGGAGCACACGCGGAAACGCGUGAUAGAUCCACGGCGGAGGCAAGCCGCGCUCUCAUUCCUCAGCAACAUCUCUCUGGACGGACGACCCGUGCAGGACGACGGGGAUAAUCGGACGGAGCAGGAUGACAUCUCGAUUUUGGAGGCGAGGACUAGACAGAGCCUUGUUUCUACUGAGGGCCAGCAGCAGCAGUCGUUGGCCGCAGCAGCGAACAAGGCUCUCAGCAGUGCCCGAGCUGCGGGCUUCGCGAGCGCGAGCGCGACCGCUGCUGCUUCUCCUCCUCUUGCGUGCAGUGCGGAUGUGGAUGGGGACGCAUGCAGCCCUCAGGUGAUCCAUUCUGUGUUCAGCUCCCCUUUUUCUGCAGUGCCACCUGCUACGAGGGGGAGACUCCAGACGUUCACUCAGGGAAUCCUGCCUGUGUCUUACGCAAGGCAGUCCAGCCAGAACUUCUGCUCUCUGGAGGGGGGACAGAUUGCCAACUCUGCCCUGGAGCUGCAGCGAUCCAGACGGAGACUCAUAUCCCAGAGGUCUUCACUAGAAACUUUGGAGGAUAUUGAGGAGAACGCUCCCCUACGCAGAUGCCGAACUUUAUCUGGUUCACCCCGACCAAAGAGUUUCAAGAAGGUCCACUUCAUCAAAAACAUAAGGCAACACGAUAUGCGCAAUGGAAGGAUAGUCCUUAUCAGUGGCAGAAGAUCCUUCUAUAGUGUUUUUUCUGUCCUGCCCUAUCGAGAUUGUAGCCAAACAGGGGAUGUGAAGGCAGAAAGCGGACGCCAACGUCACCCUUCAGGCGGCAUGAGUGCCAAGGAGAUGGUAAUAGGCCUCGAGGGUGUUGAAUUGGGUGCAGAUGGCAAGACUGUUUCGUACACACAGUUCCUGUAUCCAACCAAUGUCCUAGGUCGUCGAAACACCAUUGACUCCACAUCGUCCUUCUCACAGUCCCGUAAUGCCAGUCACCGAAGCCUCAGUUUGGCCCGUGCCAACAGUACCCAGAGUAGCCUUGAUACAGGGAAUGAACUGGGAGAUUUCAGGGAGUACGACCCAAAUCUUCUGGAUGACCCGCAAUGGCCAUGUGGAAAGCACAAAAGAGUGCUUAUCUUUCCCUCAUACAUGACCACAGUCAUUGAGUACGUCAAGCCAUCUGACCUCAAGAAGGGCAUGAAUGAGACCUUUAAGGAGAAGUUCCCUCACAUUCGGCUAACGCUGAGCAAGAUAAGAAGUCUCAAGAGGGAAGUCCGUAAGCUAGUUCUGGAGGAGUGUGGAUACGAGGAGUCCACGGUGGCCAUGGCUUUCGUUUACUUUGAGAAGCUGGUGUUGCAGGGUAAACUCCACAAACAGAACCGUAAGCUCUGCACUGGGGCCUGCGUCUUGCUGGCAGCCAAGAUCGGGGGAGACUUGAAGAAACACGAAGUCAAGAUUCUCAUUGAUAAACUGGAGGAGAGGUUUAGGGUGAACCGACGAGAGCUGAUCGCCUUCGAGUUCCCCGUUCUGGUUGCCUUGGAGUUCAACCUGCACCUCCCUGAGCAUGAGGUCAUGCCCCAUUAUAGACGCCUCCUGCAAAACUCUUAGCAAAAGUCCCCCAUCAGGGGAGUCCUCCUCUCCUGAUCGUUUCAUCUCAAGAUCUCCUCAGCCCUAUGCACAUCACCAACAUCCACAAUCAUCUGCAGAUGUUGGAAAGAAGAGACUGUUUCACCUGUUUCAAAGACGUCUUUUUAGCCAAAGUGACAACUUUAUAUUGAACAUUUAAAAGCUACUUUCUGAAGGGAGUAACUUUUCCUAGACUUUGGAGUUUGUUUUAAAUGUUCCUUUAGUUUAAUUUUGCCUGCUCAUAGGGUUAUGCUUAGGUGACAUUGCAUUUUAAACUCAUAUGCUGUUUUUUGUUUCAUUAGAAGAUAAAAGGGAUCUUCACACAGACGCUUCCAGACGCUUCAUGAGAUCUCACGCUCCAAAAAAUGACGAAAAACCAACAUAUAUUCAUAUGCCUUGUUAGACCACAUGACUCCUGAAGAUGCUGGGUCUCUUUUUGGAGUAUGACAAAUGUGGUCUCUGUGGUUGUACGGAAAACAGCUGUGUGAAGAUUUUUUUAUACCUUUUUUGUAUUCUGGAGAAAUUUAGACAGUUAGAAAAUGAUGUUGAUCAUUUUGUUUUGUGCUCAACCAUUCACAAUACCUGACCACUUGUAUUCUGAACAAAUUUAAGCUGUUUGAGUCUGCCGUUAUUUCCACAGAUUACAGUAUUCCUGUAUUUUCAUGUUUGGAAAGUUCGCAUCUUCCUUCAUCACCUUCAUCAUGUGUCGUUUUUCUGCACUUGAAAGCCUUUAAAGAGUCGAAUGAUCCUAAACCUUUUCUAGUACGUACUACAAGUGCACUUUUGAGUAUGGCGGACCUGUGUGGCACCUAAGGAAGCUCUAGGUGGAGGGGUCUUCAUCUCAUUCUUUCAUUUACAUUCAUUUUACCAGCAUUCCCUAUUUUACUAUCACUACCAGGCGAAAACGUGUCGUAGAGAGUAACAGCAGCGUCUUCGGUGGGAGUUUUAUACAGUACUUAAGGGGCAGGUUGACGUCCCCCUGAUGUUUUUCUACUCUUGUGUGUUGAUUUUGACCAUGUGGUGGUGUGGCUUGCUGCACUCUUGGAUUAAUGUGUUUGUUCUCUAUAUUAGAGUGUAUUCUAAGCACAUUUGUAGUGCUGCACUAUAUGAAGCAACAUCAGGUCAUAUCGCUGAAAGUCAACGCAAACUGUGUUGCCUAACUGGGAACAGCAGAGUGGAAAGGUCAUCUAUGUGACCAAUAUGCUAUGGUGUUGACUAAUGCAUGCACACCAAAGCAGUAUUAAAAACGACUUUCGAAUCAUCAUUUGUUUGAUUUGAUUAUUUUAAAUCGGUUUAAAUCAGUUUCUGUUGACUUUUUUGUAUCACAGUUGCUGAAUACAGAUGUUUGUGUAAACUGGUUUUUUUUCACAGCGCAGUCUGUGUAAUUACGUUCGCCCGUCUGUUCUUUAAGAAGUAUGUGUGAAGUGUGUUAUGUUCACUAUGCACUACUCGGUUCCACAAAUCGGUUUCGAGCAACAGUUUGAGACUGACGCUUCUGAACUUCUCAAUGACAAGGAAAAAACACUUUUUGAUUAAGAAUGGAAAACUUGCAUUGUUACCUGGAUUGUAAGAUAAAUAAUGCCUAGAAUGUGACGAAUUUGUGGCAAAGUUAUUGCGAAUAUAAGAUUUGGCCUUUUGAAAUGCACUUUAGGAUUUGUUAGCAAGUUACUUGGAUGCCCAAAACCGAUGAAACGUUUGUAAAAUGCAAAACUAUUUGUGUAAAUAUGCUGCUUUGCUUGUUCAAUUAAAAAACUAAAUUUUGA